GUAGUGCGCAGGCGGGAGCCGGGCAGUUGGGCCGCAGAGAGCGCUGUUAGCCGGUACAUGGGGUGAGGGCGCUCCGUGCCCGGGGAUAGUCUCCGCGUCUCUCUGGCUGAUGAUAUAAGGCAGGUGGGCGCCACAGGACUUGUGAGGAUGACGUCCAUCAUUAAGCUGACCACGCUGUCCGGAGCGCAGGAGGAGUCCGCUCUCUGUUACCUGCUGCAGGUGGAUGAGUUCCGCUUUCUCUUGGAUUGUGGAUGGGAUGAGAAUUUCUCCAUGGAUAUAAUUGAAUCCAUUAAAAAAUAUGUGAAUCAGAUAGAUGCUGUCCUCCUCUCACACCCCGAUCCCCUGCACCUGGGAGCUCUCCCCUAUGCCGUGGGGAAGAUGGGAUUAAACUGUGCGAUUUACGCCACUAUCCCGGUGUACAAGAUGGGGCAGAUGUUCAUGUAUGAUUUGUAUCAGUCUAGGCACAAUACAGAGGAUUUCAACUUAUACACACUGGAUGAUGUGGAUUCUGCAUUUGAUAAAAUACAGCAGCUGAAAUUCUCCCAAAUUGUACAUUUGAAAGGGAAAGGUCAUGGCUUGUCCAUCACUCCGUUACCGGCUGGUCACAUGAUUGGAGGUACCAUAUGGAAAAUCGUAAAGGACGGAGAGGAGGAGAUUGUUUACGCAGUGGAUUUCAAUCACAAGCGGGAAAUACAUUUAAAUGGCUGUUCUUUGGAGAUGAUCAGCCGACCUUCCUUACUCAUCACAGAUUGCUUUAAUGCUACAUACCUGCAGCCCAGGAGAAAACAGAGAGACGAGCAACUGCUGACCAAUGUCCUGGAGACCCUGCGUGGUGACGGGAAUGUGUUAAUCGCUGUGGACACUGCUGGGAGGGUGUUGGAGCUAGCCCAGCUCCUUGACCAGAUUUGGAGAACCAAAGAUGCUGGGCUUGGGGUGUACUCCUUGGCCCUGCUAAAUAACGUCAGCUACAACGUGGUAGAGUUCUCGAAGUCCCAGGUGGAGUGGAUGAGCGACAAGCUCAUGAGAUGUUUCGAAGACAAGAGGAACAACCCAUUUCAGUUCCGUCACCUCACCUUGUGCCAUGGUUUUGCUGACCUCUCUCGUGUCCCCAGCCCAAAAGUGGUUCUGGCCAGCCAACCUGACCUGGAGUGUGGUUUCUCCAGGGAGCUCUUCAUCCAGUGGUGUCAAGAUCCCAAAAAUUCUGUCAUACUCACCUACAGGACCACCCCAGGAACCCUCACCCGCUACCUAAUUGAUAACCCCACAGAGCGAGUCAUAGAUAUGGAGCUUAGGAAACGCGUAAAACUGGAAGGAAAGGAACUUGAAGAAUAUCUGGAGAAAGAAAAACUCAAAAAAGAGGCAGCAAAAAAACUGGAACAGUCCAAAGAGGCAGAUAUCGAUUCCAGUGACGAGAGUGAUGUGGAGGAAGACAUCGACCAGCCCAUAUCCCACAAGACCAAACAUGACCUGAUGAUGAAGAACGAAGGCAACAGAAAAGGAAGUUUCUUCAAACAGGCCAAAAAGUCGUAUCCCAUGUUCCCGGCCCCAGAAGAGCGCGUCAAAUGGGAUGAAUAUGGUGAAAUAAUAAAGCCUGAAGACUUCCUGGUGCCGGAGCUUCAAGCGACAGAGGAGGAAAAGAACAAGUUGGAAUCUGGCAUGACAAAUGGGGAGGAACCAAUGGACCAAGAUUUAUCUGAUGUUCCCACUAAAUGUAUUUCGGUAACGGAGCCAAUGGAGAUCAAGGCAAGGGUCACUUACAUCGACUACGAGGGGCGGUCAGACGGAGAUUCCAUCAAGAAGAUCAUUAACCAGAUGAAGCCCCGUCAGCUGAUCAUUGUACAUGGGCCGCCUGACGCCAGCCUGGAUCUUGCAGAGGCCUGCAGGGCUUUUGGGGGCAAAGAUAUUAAAGUUUACACCCCAAAACUUCAUGAGACCGUGGAUGCAACAAGUGAAACUCACAUUUACCAGGUCAGAUUGAAAGACUCCCUCGUCAGUUCCCUGAAGUUCUGCAAAGCUAAAGACACUGAGCUGGCUUGGAUAGAUGGAGUGUUGGACAUGCGUGUAUCAAAGGUGGACACAGGGGUCAUCCUGGAGGAAGGGGAAUUGAAGGACGACGGAGACGACUCUGAAAUGCAAGUGGACACUCCAGCUGUCGACGCCAGCACCAUCGCUCAGCAAAAAGUCAUCAAAAGCCUGUUCGGCGAUGAUGACAAGGAGUUUUCAGAAGAAAGCGAAGUCAUUCCUACACUCGAACCAUUGGCAAGCAAUGAGAUUCUCGGACAUCAGUCGGUGUUUAUGAAUGAGCCAAGAUUGUCUGACUUCAAGCAAGUCCUUCUGCGGGAGGGCAUCCAGGCAGAGUUUGUCGGGGGCGUCCUUGUCUGUAACAACGUGGUAGCUGUCCGCAGGACGGAGACGGGACGGAUCGGUUUAGAGGGCUGCCUCUGUAAGGACUUCUUUAAAAUAAGAGAACUUUUAUAUGCACAGUAUGCUAUAGUGUGAGCAGCGUUAACUGGAAGACCCCCCUUUGUGUACCUUGGAGACCUCCCGUGACAAGCGGCAUUGUGACUUUCUUUGUCUCCCGGCAGAAAUAUUUUUAUAAUGUACUUUUUGUUUUGGGAAACUGGUGAAUUUGUAUCCCUUUUUUGUUUUGUUUAUUUUUUAUUCCAUUGUUCUGGAUUCUGUAUUCCCAAAAAGAAUUGCAUUUAAUGGGUUUAUACGUUCAAACCCAAAGUAUAUAUAUAUAUUUUUUCCUCCCAGUGCUCCUAGAGGGUAACCCCAGUAGCCGCAAAAGCUCAAGUUUCAUAGAGCCGGCUAGCGUGUAAUCGUAUGUGCUGACCAGGAGGAAGCCAUGUUAUACCGGAGCUUGAGUUAUAUCGCGCUACGUCAUGUCACUCUGGAACCUGUUUUGUCGGCAGCAGCUCUCCUGCAGUUAAUGCAGACGUUUCUUAGUCUUGGUUUUCCAGCUGGUCUAUGGAUCAUUUACAGUAAAGAUACAGGAGAAAACCUCAGAGAGAUUUAUUAUGAAACAAUAAUGUAAAUAUGUUGCACGGUUCUUGUUACUAAUUUGGUUUUAAUAAAAAAAAAAAAAAUCUGUUUAAAACUUCCUCUUCUAACCUCACCUCCGCAUGUAUAUCCGUGUGUUACUGUGUGAUUAAUCCAGUGGGCUUCUGAUAAAUUCCAGCCAUGCCGACACACGUCCAGAGCUCGACAGCCAAUGCGUUGUCUCCCCAAAUUCGGAAGAGGCACCCAAAGAUUGUUUUAGGGGAAGGAUAGCUUACGUAAUGUGUGAAGCUGUAACAUUCAACUUUAAUACUGGAUUUUUUUUAUUAUUAUUUUUUUUUUAAGGACCAAUGAACUUUCCCGACGUCUUAUUUUAUGUAGACUGUUUGGUCCUCUUAUUCUGUUAUGGUACAUAGGCUAUAGCUACAAGUUUACAUUGCAGCGGUGGAAAAAAAUACUAGGAAUUUAGGGGGUAAUUCAGACCUGAUCAUAGCACCAAAUGUGUUAGCUAAUGGGCAAAGCCAUGUGCAGUGCAGGUGGGGCAGAUGUAACAUGUGCAGAGAGAGUUAGAUUUGGGUGGGGUGUGUUCAAACUGAAAUCUAAAUUGCAGUGUACAAAUAAAGCAGCCGGUAUUUACCCUGCACAGAAACAAAAUAACCCACCCAAAUCUAACUCUCUGCACAUGUUACAUCUGCCCCCCCUGCAGUGCACAUGGCUUUUCCCAACUGCUAACAAAUUUGCAGUUACGAUCAACUCUGAAUUACCCCCUUAAUUAGACGUUGAACAGUUUCAUGUUACCGUUCUUUGAUAGUUGCAAAUUUUCUCAUAAACAUCCAUUUUAUUUCUAACAAAGCAGAUGUUCCUAAUGAGGGUCAGUGCUCGAUAACAAAAUAUAUUGGUUUAGAUUUGUGACGUGCUUAUUCUAAGAAGAUGGAAAAAAGUUCUGCGGGCGUAUUCUGUAUUUUGUUUCCUGUGACGGGUACCCCAGCGUUAUUGUUUGAUAACACUGGACAGGCUACAGCGCUGUGAUCCGGGCUCCACGCAGCGCUGUGAUCCGGGCUCCACGCAGCGCUGUGAUCCGGGCUCCACGCAGCGCUGUGAUCCGGGCUCCACGCAGCGCUGUGAUCCAGGCUACACACAAGUAAUUUGUUUAAAUGUGUGGAAUUAAAUAUAGUAGGACUGAACAAAUAACCUAAGGAGGAGAUGAUCCUAACGUAAUGUUACAAGCGUAUAUUUUUUGCCGUGUAACAUUACUUGCGAUAACUAAUUUGAAAGUACUGUUGUAUUUAAUCCUAUUUUGAACGUGUCCUUGGAUUGGUUGUGCUGGUACUUGUAGUACCACCACAGCUCGAGAACGAGGUGAUGCAAAAGUCUGCAUACAGCAUAAGAUCAGAUUUUUCUCGUGUAUUUUUAUCCUCGUCUUAUGUUUGAUUUGGAUGGAACACGAUUCAUACAGCACCUCUGUUAUUUGAGGUGUUAGGAAUGUUGCUUCUGUUUGAUGUCAGUACAGUAUGAGACUGCAUUAAUCACUUUUCAGGGAAUCGUAUUAGCCAAAAUAUGACUUUUUUGUGUUUGGAAUGUUUUUCUCUCUCCCCCCCCCUGAAUUGUACAAUAAAGAUUACAGAAACCUGUCUUUGAAA